UUAGUGUGGCUGCCGCCAGAAUUUGUCAUUAGUAUUUUUAAUUUUUGUUCAUAGCACCACCUAUUUUACAUGUGCAUCGCCCUUUAAGUAAUUUCUCUUUGUUACUUAAGAAAGAUUUACAGCGCAUGCCUAGCGCGGGUCAAUGUCAAUAAAAGGCCUACAAACACAUUUUUAGUACGCACGAGAAAAUAGUUCCAUACAUUCAAGCAUAAGAAAUAAGUUAUUAUCAUUAAUUAUGUACUGAAAUGUAAAGUAAUGUUCAUUGAAAUGCGAAUAACAUUAGUAAAUUCUGUCAAAACUAAAUCGUUGGUCGUUUUAAGUAAAAUUCCAGUUGGACAAAUUAUUUGAUAUCCGUGUGCCGAUAAGUUCGGUGAACGCGUUGACCCUUGGCUUUUCUGAAUUACGACCUGGCCCAAGCAAUACGUGUUUUGUGGGGUCUUCAAGAAACGCCAAAGUUUCAAGGUAUAUUUUGCUGCCCAAGGAUGGAAAAGUCCUGCCAACGAGUUUUCACGGCACUGUUCAUCACUGUUACUUUGUUUUGACAAUCGUUAAGUCAAAUAAAGACAUUCGUCACCAGAAAAUGAACAUCCGUUUCAACGUUGAGUUAUUUUGAUCCUGCGGCAGCAACAGUGAAAACUCGGAUGGACAUGACACCUGAGAAAUCCAUAAUUGGAUCAACUACUCAAGCCAAAUAUUUGAUGUGAUGUCUGGAACUGCAUUCGUCCUCACCUGGCCACUAAGGAAGCUGACGAGGAACUCGGCAAGACACGGGCAAUCAAACGGCUUGGAGGUUGAUCAUCGCUCAAGGAUGUCAGGUUCAUUUUCAUCAAAAUAAUUGAAGAUUGAAAUCAAAGAAAGAACACUAGAACAUUUAUAUGCGAUUGAAAUUUCUCGUUUGGAAACUUAAGCAAUAAACAAGCUAAAGAUUGAUUUAGGCUUGCAUAUCAACUUCUCGAGAGAAUUUCAGAUUUAAAACCUUUAAGAUCUCUAACAGAGUCUUGGUUCGUAUCCCAGAAUUGUAACAGCUAUUUAUGCUGAUUUGUUUGGAUAACGUAAUUUAAAACAACAUAAGACUUGAUUCCCUUAUGAUGUUUGGGAUUUAAAUUUUCAGCUAAGAUUAUAAUUUUCUUAAAAUACUUAUCUAACGAGUGGAGAUAAGUUUACAGAAUUUGUUAUGUGUAUGUAACAUCUCAUCAAGAAUAACCUUGUGUGUGCACUUAUAGAUGAUUUUGAGACAAAAUAACAUGAUCAAGUUCAUUUGAAAGGAUAUUUUUUUAUUAAGAUUGAAAAAAUUUCUAAACUAAAAAGAAACUGAUUACCGAUAGUGUUUUCCUUUAAGAACAAGGGAACAAAAGGUCAUAAUAAUUUGAAAUUGAUUAGAAAUCGGGUUACCUUGUUGAUAUUGGAAUUGAUUUGGAUUCAUGAUAAUAUCAUUAAUUCUAUGCUACGUUUGAUAUUUUUAUUAUUUCAAAGCUUGAAUGUAUCGAAUUGUAUGUCCUGCGUAGCGCUGUGUUUUUAUCGUGCCCGAAUUGAGAUUUGGGUUAAAGCAGUUAUCUUUGCUAUUUGUUAUCAGCUACUGCCAUUUGCUGUUACCAGCCCACUCCCACACGCCCAUUUCUAUUUCACUUCCAAACUUUGAUUCAAAUUCAAACUUCAAAUUUCGGUCAAGAUUAUUUAAAUUUGAUCUCAAAUACUGAUUUUCUUGUUGGUUUAUUUACCUCAAAAAUAUAUCGUUCAAUAUGGAAGGGCAACAACCAACUGAAAAUAACUUGACUACUGACUCGACUAACUUACCUCCUGAAACACUUCGCCGCUCCACUCGUCCUGUCAAAUUGACAGAGAAAGCAUUGCAGAAUAAAGAAGACGACCUUCAAGGUAAGUUUUUUGUUGAACAUAUAGAUUUGCAUUCGAUCAUACAAUCUACUCGAAAUAGCUUAUUGUCUCAAAACAUUGAUGGUGAUAGCUUAGCAGUGAAUAAGCUUGACAUUACUGCUAGGCUCAAUUCUUUGAAGGAGAUAUUUGUUGAGCUAAAAAGGCUCAAUGAAGACUCCAUUGAUGAUGAGGUUAUUGAGGCAAUGGAUGAAUCUUCUAUUUCUGUUCGUAAUAUCUUAUCGGAUAUUGAUAAGGUAUCCAACAUGUCUUCUUCUAGACAACCAUCAAUUCGGUUGGCGCACUCAACACAAUCACGACUCUCGAGGACAUCUUCCAGAUCGUCACGACGAGUUGCAGUCGCAGCAGAAGCCGCUGCAUUACAAGAAGAGCUUACAGCCCAGAAGCUUCAAAAUGAACGGGAAAAGGAGCUCGAAAGAAUGGAACUUGAGGAAGAAAUGAGGAGGAAGCAAGUAGUUUUCAAAAUGUCCGAGCUGAAAAGACAACUAGAAGAGGAAAGACUACAAGGCAAGCUCAAGGCACAAGAAGCAAUUAUGAGAGUCUACGAUGAAGAAGAUGGAACCAGCACAGUCUCUUCUUCAUCCUCGCGUGGAGGUAAAACUGUUGUCAAAAAGAUCGAAGAUCAGCCAAAUCCAACUGAUGUGAUCCCAAGGGCAUCUCCCAAGUUAGAAAGCAAAUUGAUUGAUGAACCAGCCUCCAUCGUGUCACAGCAAGCGCAAGUAGUGCUUGAUCCCCAAGCUCCGAAGUUCCAGCCAAGAUCACCAGUUUUAGAUCUCGCUGAUGCCUUGGCUCAGAGUCGUCUACCCGUUCCGGAGCCGCAAAUAUUCACUGGAGACCCACUCCAAUAUCCAGAUUGGGUGUCGGCUUUCACUACUCUGGUAGAGCGAAGAGGCACCCCUCCUGGUGAAAAAAUUCACUACCUUCGAAGGUAUCUUGGUGGUCCAGCAAAGGAGGCAGUCAGUGGCUACUUUCUCCUGAGAUCAGAAAAUGCAUUUGAGCAAGCAAAGAGCACCCUUCAAAAGAGGUUUGGCAAUCCAUUUGCUAUUGCUGAAGCCUUUCGGACAAAGUUGGAUGUGUGGCCCAAGAUAACCAGCAAGGAUCACAAUGGGCUGCAGCGGUUUGCAGACUUCCUUCAACAGUGUCUGGUAGCCAAGGCUGAGAUUGUCGAUCUCAACAUUCUGGAUGAUAUACGAGAGAUCAACCGAAUGGUUGCUCGACUACCAGAUCAUAUCGUCCAUAGAUGGAAUCGCUCGGUGGCACAGACAAAAAGGGAGCGACUUUGUUAUCCUAGGUUUGCUGACUUCGUUUCUUUCAUUGGGAACGAAGCAGACAUUGCUAAUGAUCCUCUGCUCACUGUGGAUGUUGGCAAGACUAGAGAGAGAAAACAGGAAACCGCAGUCUCAAAACGGGUAACCCUCUCUACGUCUGGCUCAACUUCACAGAAGCAAUGUCUGUUGUGCAAGAGACAAAAUCAUUCCCUGAAUGACUGUCGGGAAUUCCUUCGGAAAGACAUGUCCCAGAGAAAGGAUUUCAUCAAAAAUGAAAGACUUUGCUAUGGCUGUCUUGAAAAAGGCCAUAUGUCUAAAUAUUGCCAAAGCAGACUGGUCUGCAAGAAGUGCAGUAAAAGGCAUCCAAGCUGCCUUCAUGAGGACCAAAGAGAUUCGAACAAGGCCAACUUGGCAUCAAGCCAACCGAAGGAAGCUCAAACCGCAUCGACCUCAAAUCCUCAAGCUGUAACGCACAAAGUACAAGGCGAUGAACGUAGUGACCUUACAUCAAUGAUUGUGCCUGUGUACCUUUCUAGUACAGAGAGGCCUGACAAGGAGGUUCUAGUGUAUGCACUACUAGACUCCAUGUCAAACACCACCUUCCUUUCCGAAGAUGUCGGCCAAGACCUGGAUGUACAAUCCCAGCCUGCCACAUUGUCGUUGACAACCUUGACGUUUCAUUAA